CCGGACCAGACAAUAGACAUGACUGAGCAGAAGAAGCAGCUCCCUCCUCUUCCCCACCACCACCGCAUGGAGCUCGACGUCCAUUCUUUUCUUAAUUCCCGGAACGACCGCCGCGACGGCGACGGCGACGACGACGAAGAAGACGACGGCGACGAAGAAGAUGAAGACUGGAGAUCCUUCCCUCACCGGACCAUCGAGGAAAUCCUCAACGAGUCCCUUUCCGAUUCUUCCCCUUCUCCUCCUCCUUCUCCUUCUCCUUCUCCUUCUCCUCCUUCCUCGUCUCCUCCGUCCUCGCCCCGGCAGCGAAGCCAACCGUCCGUCGGCGUCUCCUUGGACGCCUUCAGAUCCCCGGUGUCCCCACCCCCUCCUCGGCCUCCUCCGUUGCCCGAUCAUCAUGAUAAGAAGCCCAGUCCUUCCAAUUCUCGACCGAAGCCUCCCGAUUCCGUCCUCCGGGCACCGUCUUCUUCUAGGCAGCUGCCUUCCCUUUUUGGCGGGGUGAGGUCCAGUGCCAAGCCCGGGGCUGCCCUCGCCGCCGCAGCCGCCGCCUCCCGCUCCCUCCCCACCCCUCACGCCGCCGCUCUCAAGUCCCGUAGGGCUCUCCUCACUCCUUCCUCCUCCUCCUCCUCCUCCUCUUUUCCUUCCGUCUCCAAUUCCCAUGAUGCCUUGGACUCUUCCGUUGACGCGCUCCGUGGCUUGGAUGGUCAGUUGAGGUUGCAGCACGACGAGGAUGAUGCGGAGGGCGAUGAUAGUAAGAUGGGCGAAUUCCAAUCCGCUUUAGGGCAUGCCGUUGAUCUUGCUCCUGAAGAUCGCCUCGAAGCUGAAUCUCCAGCGCUUGAGGAGAAAAAGGAGGAGGAGGAAGAAGCGGAAUUGGUUAGCUCCCCUCCUGCCCGACAAGAUUCCACCGUCGAGUCCCCUGCAGAUUCUCUUCUUCAGGUUGACCAGGUCGCUGACAGUGCGCUUGUGGACCACGUGAUAAUCGGCGAUGACACUCCGGCGCUCUCCAUUCCCAACGAUUCCCAUGAGAAGGAUGCAGGUGACGAGGAAGCUCUUGAAAAGCGUGGCCUUUCUGGAGAUAGGGAUGAUGCGAUCUCAGCAGCUGACAUAGAUGAGCUCGUCCAAGAGCGAAUUGAGGAGUUGGAAAGCAAGAGGAUGAGCGAGAAGCCCGAGAAGAAAGCGCAGAAGAAGCCUCUCGAGUUGGCUGAAGAGAUUGAGAGGAAACAGGCAUCCACAGGUCUCCACUGGGAAGAGGGUGCAGCGGCUCAGCCAAUGAGGCUUGAGGGUGUCCGCAGGGGAUCCACCACAUUGGGAUACUUCGAUGUUGAUUCCGACAAUGCUAUCACCCGGACCAUUUCUUCUCAGGCAUUCAGACGCGACCAUGGCUCCCCCCAAGUCUUGCGGGUUCAUCCUAAUUUCAUUGCCGUUGGGAUGUCAAAAGGGGUCAUCCUUGUUCUGCCCUCUAAGUAUUCUGCCACUCAGGCUGACAACAUGGACGCCAAGAUGAUGAUUCUUGGGUUGCAAGGGGAUCGAUCUCAUGCCUCAGUAACUUCCAUGUGCUUCAAUCAGCAGGGAGAUCUGCUCUUAGCUGGUUAUGGUGACGGUCAUAUUACAGUCUGGGAUUUGCAGAGAGGAUCAGCCGCCAAAAUUAUUAGUGGGGAACACACAGCACCAGUGUUACACACACUGUUUCUAGGUCAGGAUUCUCAAGUUACUCGUCAAUUUAAGGCAGUUACAGGUGAUAGCAAUGGACUGGUUUUGUUGCAUACUUUAUCAGUAGUUCCCUUGCUUAAUCGGUUCUCCGUCAAAACACAGUGUCUUCUUGAUGGUCAAAAGACUGGGACUGUGCUAUCAGCAUCACCUCUUCUAUAUGAUGAAUUUGUUGGAGUGGCUUCAAUGUCCUCCCCGGGGAACAGUAGCGCUUCAAGUAGCAGUAUUGGUAGCAUGAUGGGUGGUGUUGUUGGGCCAGAUGCUGGUUGGAAACUAUUCAAUGAAAGCACCUCUUUGAAUGAAGAAGGCGUGGUCAUAUUAGUCACCCACCAAACUGCUCUGGUGGUAAGGCUCAGUCCUGCUUUAAAAGUUUAUGCAACAUUGUCUAGGCCAGAUGGUGUUCGGGAGGGGUCCAUGCCAUAUACUGCAUGGAAGUGCAUGGUGCAAGCAUAUAGUUCUCCUGAUGAAAGUGCUCCCGAAGCAGCCACCGAACGAGUCUCAUUGCUUGCUAUUGCUUGGGAUCGGAAAGUUCAAGUUGCUAAGCUGGUCAACUCGGAACUGAAAGUUUAUGGGAAGUGGUCUCUUGACAGCACGGCUGUAGGAGUUGCCUGGUUAGAUGACCAGAUGCUCGUGGUUCUGACAGUUGAUGGACAGCUUUGCCUAUUCUCAAGGGAUGGUAAUAUGAUUCACCAGACAAGUUUUGCUGUUGAUGGUGUUGCUGGAGAUGAUGUCAUGGCAUAUCAUACAUACUUCAAUAAUCUGUUUGGAAACCCUGAGAAAGCUUAUCACAACUCUAUGGCUGUGAGGGGCGCGUCUAUUUACAUUCUUGGACCUGUGCAUCUUGUUGUUUCACGCCUCCUACCUUGGAGGGAAAGGAUUCAGGUUUUACGGAAGGCAGGUGAUUGGAUGGGUGCCUUGAACAUGGCUUUUACACUGUACGAUGGCCAAGCCCAUGGGGUCAUCGACCUCCCUAGGACACUGCAAGCUGUUCAAGAUGCCAUAAUGCCUUACCUGGUGGAGUUGCUUUUUUCGUAUGUAGAUGAGGUAUUUUCUUAUAUUUCAGUGGCAUUUUGCAAUCAAAUUGGCAAAGUACAACAAAUGGAUGACCACAUGACUAGAAGCAGUUCUGUACGUAAUGAAAUAAAAGAACAAUUUACCCGCGUCGGUGGUGUUGCUGUCGAAUUUUGCGUACACAUCAACAGAACGGACAUUCUUUUUGAUGAGAUCUUCUCCAGAUUUGUUGCUGUUGAACAUAGAGACACAUUCUUGGAGCUUUUGGAGCCGUAUAUAUUGAAGGAUAUGCUCAGCUCUCUGCCUCCUGAGAUAAUGCAAGCAUUGGUGGAACACUAUAGCAGCAAAGGGUGGUUGCAGCGAGUGGAACAAUGUGUCCUUCACAUGGACAUAUCUUCCUUGGAUUUCAAUCAGGUUGUUAAAUUAUGCCGGGAGCAUGGGUUAUAUUGUGCAUUGGUGUAUCUUUUCAACCGUGGAUUGGAUGAUUUCAGAUCACCUCUGGAGGAGUUGUUGGUAGUCUUUUGCAAGAGUCCGAAGGAGAGUGCUGCUGCCCUUGGGUACAGGGUGCUUGUUUAUCUAAAGUAUUGCUUUUCUGGUCUUGCUUUCCCCCCUGGACACGGAAGUAUUUCCCCACCCCGCCUUCCCUCUCUUAGGACAGAACUUUUGCAGUUUUUACUGGAAAAGUCAGAAACUUCAAGAGCGUUGUCUGAAGGAGUCUAUUGUAAUUUGUAUCAUCUCUUAGAAUUAGAUACUGAAGCUACUUUAGAUGUUUUAAGAUGUGCUUUUGUAGAAGAUGAAAUCCAAAAAUCUGAUUUUCCUACACAUGACUCAGCCAACCUAGUCGUGGAGAUGGGAUUUGAUCCUACCAGGGAAAACAAAAUGGUUCAGGAUUUGGUAAAUGCUCUCAUUUGUAUCCUUGACGAGGACAUCUUUCAAGUAGAUGGUCAUGGAGGGUCUAAUAAUAAAUCUGCAGAUACCUGGCCUUCAAGAAUAGACAUUGGACACCUUUAUGAGUUCAUUGCAUCUUUUGUUACUCGUGAAAGAGCAAAAAUUCCAAAAGACAUUUUGAACCGGAUUUUAGAGCACUUAACAUCAGAAAAUGCUUCUCUACCAGGAGAGGAACGUAAUAAAAUAAGAGAAAAGCAGGUACUUUCCCUUCUGGAAACAGUGCCUGAGAAUGAGUGGGAUGCGUCUUACAUCUUACGCCUAUGUGAAAGAGCACAAUUUUAUGAGGUUUGUGGCUAUAUUUAUACUAUCCAAGAUCAGUAUAUUGCUGCUUUGGAUAGUUAUAUGAAAGAUGUGAAUGAACCCAUACAUGCCUUUGCCUACAUCAACAAUGCUUUGCUACAUCUCAAUGAGACUGAGCAUGCUGCUUUUCGCUCGGCAGUUUUUUCUCGAAUUCCAACGCUGGUUGACUUGAGUAGAGAAGGAACAUUCUUGUUGGUUAUUGAUCAAUUCAGUACAGAAGGUUCACGGAUUCUCUCUGAACUGAACUCCCAUCCAAAAAGCCUUUUUCUAUAUUUAAAGACAAUAAUUGAAGUUCACUUCUCUGGCACCCUUAAUUUCUCAUGCUUGAGGAGUAAUACUGAUACCCCUGAUGGAACAAGUGGACAUGCUCAGUUAAGAGGAGUUGAGAUGUACUUGGAGAGAAUCUCUGAUUUCCCUAAGUAUUUGCGCAACAAUCCUGUUCAUGUCACUGAGGAAAUGAUUGAACAUUAUUUUGAGUUACUAUGUCAAUAUGACCGCCAUUCAGUUCUUAAAUUCUUGGAGACAUUUGAUAGCUACCGGGUGGAGCACUGUUUGCAACUUUGUCAGGAGUAUGGAAUCACAGAUGCGGCUGCAUUUUUGUUGGAAAGGGUUGGUGAUGUUGGGAGUGCUCUCUUGCUUACACUGUCGAGCCUCAGCGAAAAAUUUGAGAAACUCGAUGCUGCUAUCAUAGACGCCACUUCUGAGGUGACACGAGGCGAUUCCUAUAGCUUGGAUCAUUUCAGCGCUGUAUUAAGAAUGGAGGAGGUGAAUGAUAUACGGAGAACAUUGGAUCUUUGUAUUGGAUUAUGCCAGCGCAAUACGCCUCGGUUGAAUCCUGAAGAGUCGGAGACCCUGUGGUUUAAAUUGCUUGAUUCGUUUUGCGAACCAUUACUGGGCUUACCUACUGGCAAAAUUGCAUCCAUGGAGGUGAAUAGUGAUGGAAUAUAUAGCAAAUCCCAGGAUGAUGACGCAUUACCCAUAAUUAAAUGGACUCUGAAUUCUCAUAGAGGUUCUCCUACUUUGAGAAAAUUGUUAUCUCAAUUCAUCAAAGAAAUCGUCGAGGGAAUGAUAGGAUAUGUUCGGCUUCCGACUAUCAUGUCUAAACUCCUCUCUGAAAAUGGUAGCCAGGAAUUCGGUGAUUUCAAACUUACCAUUUUAGGGAUGCUCGGGACCUAUGGCUUUGAAAGAAGAAUUCUGGAUACUGCUAAGUCCUUGAUAGAGGAUGACACGUUUUAUACUAUGAGCGUGCUGAAGAAAGGAGCAUCCCAUGGGUAUUCCCCUCGGAGUCUAGUGUGCUGUAUAUGCAAUUGUCUUCUCAACAAGAAUUCGUCUAGCUCCACAGUUUGUGUGUAUAAUUGUGGUCAUGCCACUCAUAUCCAAUGUGAAAUUACAGAAAGCGAAACCUCAAGCAAAGGAUCUUCAUCUGGGUGUCCAGUCUGUUUGCCUAAGAAGAAGAGUCAGAAAUCGGGAAGUAAAUCAGUCCUUGGAGAGAAUGGUCUAGUAAGUAAGCUUUCAUCAAGACAUCAACAGUUGCAAGGGGCUAACAUCCUUGCUUCACACGAGAGAAUCAACGAUGCACUAGACAACACUUACAGCCUUCAGCAAAUAUCAAGGUUCGACAUAUUGAAUAGUCUCCAGAAGGGCCAGGAAUCAAUUCAAAUCGAAAGCCUACCUCAGUUGAGGCUCGCACCUCCUGCUGUUUACCAUGAAAAGGUGAAGAAGGCGACUGACUUUUUAACAGGAGAAAGUAGCGGUGAUCUUAUUAAGGCAGAGAAAGCGAGUAGAAAGAGACAGCUUAGGGAACUCAAAGCAAAGGGAUCAUCAAUUCGUUUUCCACUGAAAACAAAUAUAUUUGGAAAGGAGAGAACCAGCAACCGCUGAUUGCCUGAUACCGAGGGCUUCCAUUGUUCAGUCAACUAUAGGUGAAUUAUUUAAAUUUUUUUAGUGUCUCACUGAUGGCCUUGCCCCAACCCAAUAGAAAUAGAAUUGCUUGGUUGUACAUACUAAGAUGACAUAUGCAGAGUCAUAUGUAGGCGUUGAACUUGUGUAACAGAGCAUGAUGCUUGUUCUCUGUUGUUCAAAAUUUAUAAAGGAAUCAUUACAUAA